AUGGCGUAUAAUCAACGAUUGGAAAUACCGAUUUCGUCGAUUCGACCGACACCUUCUCAUUCGACAUACCUAUUGUACCGACCGACCUAUCUCUCUGCUUCAUUGUCACCGCAAGCCACACCCUUUUCGUCGUCUCCCUCAAACUUCAAUCUUGUCAUCUUUGUCGACGGCAUCAUCGAUGUCGUGUCGUCAUCAUUGGUUUCGCUUGGCUUUGUCACUGUUAUGUAUCAAUUUCGCCUUCUCGUCGGAAUGUCAAUGGCCAUGUAA